GCAUUAUGCUCUUGGCAAUUCUUAACCUAUAAAGUGUCGCAUUUCUGCGAAUCUGUAGAACAUAAACAGAGUUUAAUGAUAUAUGCAAAGUCUACUUCGCUCAAGUUGUGUGUAAACGUAUUAAAAUAUAUCAAAUGUAUGCACAAUGAAUAGUAUUGUCAACAACAGGAAUCGCGACUGUUUUGAAUGCAGAUUGUUGAGUGGUGGUGGUCUUUUCGCUGCUGGUUUAUAUGUCUAUCAUCAUUCCAAGCAAUAUCAUAAUCAAAUAGGAAAAGCAACAAUGUAUUCGAUUGCUUCUGUAUUAGUACUUCUUGGUACAACAAGGAUUUUGGACUUACCGCCGUUCCGAAAUAAAUUUAAGGACAGUUGAGAAGAGAAUUAUUUAAAUAAAUAAAUAUCUGUAAUCUAUGAAUAAUAAACUCGAUUUAAUGUACAUUGUAUACAUGUACAUAUAAUGAUUUUUUC